AUAGAUAUUAAAUGUGCAAUUUUUUUACAACCGAGCCAUUUUGAUCUUUUUUUUUUUUUUAUCACUUCAAAAGCUACUUUCAAAUCACCCAAAAUAUUAACAUCGAAUGGUUCCAAAUGUAAUUGCACUUACCUGACUGGCGCAUAAACUUUCUUCUGAACUGGAUUGCUCACAAUACAGCCAAAACAGGUCAUCCAAUCCACUCGAUCCAAAUAGAUCUGUCUCUUAAGAUACCUUCCCUUAGCUCUAAUGGUUAUCCACCAUCCAAAAGUACAGCCCGGGCUUCUCAUGGUAUGGGGUGCCAAGGUGAUGAGAUCCCCAUACAGGUUAUGCGACGAAACCCAACUUCUGAAACUUAGCAGUACAAGAACAGUAGUCAGAGAGUGAGGAUCUUAUUGGCGUUUGACUUGGAACUUAUUAGACCCAACAUGUCCAACGGGACCGAGGAUGCUCCCUUGGAGAACACCACCGAAGGUCGAACUGACCUGGCCAUUCUUCAAGGUAACAUGGACGCUUUUUUCCUCAUCGUCAAUGGGUUUCUUAUCUUCUUCAUGCAAGGCGGAUUUGCUUUCUUGGAAGCGGGGGCCGUCAGGACCAAAAAUACUGUUAACAUCCUUAUCAAGAAUAUGCUGGAUGCUUUGAUUGGAGGAGUAGCUUACUGGAUACUGGGUUGGGCAGUUGCUUAUGGAGCUUAUGGCAAUGGAUUCAUUGGUGGCUCUAACUUCCUUAGUAUCCAUAUGGAUUACGCCAAUUACCCCAUGUGGUUCUUCCAGUUCGUGUUUGCAGCCACAGCCGCUACCAUUGUUUCGGGUAGCAUCGCUGAGCGAUGUCAAUUCUUUGCAUACUUCGUUUACAGUAUUCUAAUCACAGCUUGGGUAUACCCGCCAGUGAGUCAUUGGGCUUGGGAUAGCAAUACGCCCGGAUGGUUGAACAGCAUGGGCUACCAAGAUUUUGCUGGCAGUGGUGUAGUCCACCUCUUAGGAGGAACAUGUGCUCUUGUGGGUUGCGUGAUCAUUAAGCCCCGAAUGGGUCGCUUUGAAGCCAAUGGCAAACCCCAUGAAAUGCCAGGCCAUUCUGUGCCGUUGGCCGCAUUAGGAGGAUUCAUUCUCCUUUUCGGAUUUUUGGCUUUCAAUGGAGGAUCUCAAGCAUCUAUAUCGCAAGAUGGUGAUGCAGAGGCCGUAGCUCGUGCCGUUGUCAAUACCAUUUUGGGCGGUUGUGGAGCAGGCCUGACUGUUCUGGUCAUGAACAAAUUUGUGGUCGGUAUUCAUUGGAGUUACCUCAUGACCCUCAAUGGAACUUUGGCUGGCAUGGUGGGGAUGUGCGGGGGAUGUAAAGUCUACCAACCCUGGGCGGCCAUCGUCAUCGGGAUCAUUUGAGGUGGAGCAUUCCUGUUGGUCCACUUUGCAAUGCUUAAAUUCCAAUUCGACGAUCCUUUGGACGCCGUGGCUGUUCAUGGAGCUGGUGGUCUUCUUGGUGUCUUGAUGGUCCCAUUCUUUGCCUAUGGAACGGGCAUUUUUUGGGUUGGACACACGGAGGAAGCAUGGAGGAGCCUCGGUAUCAAUCUUUUAGGAGCCGUGGCCAUCAUUUGUUGGAGUGGUUUCUGGUCUUUGCUGAUCUUUUACCCACUAAGCUACUUCAAAAUGUUGCGGAUUGACCGUGAGACUGAGUUUCGAGGCAACGAUCUGGUCAAGCACGGAGAGUCCGCAUAUCCAGCUGAUGCCUGGGUCGAGCUACAGUACAAUAAUGACAAUAGUAGCACACCCCAUCAUAUGAGUGGAACUUCGGGCGAUCGAAAAAUCUCCAAUUCUACCUACAAUAAUGCCAAUGAAAUGGUUCCCACACAUUCUGCUUUAAUGAGCGGGCUGGGAACAACUUUUGGAUCCGCCAUCAUUACUGGCGAAUCCAGGACCAAUGGAGUAGACAAUAAGGCUUUUGGCAAUUGAAAACCUACGGUAGCAUACUCGAAGAAAAACUCAAAGCAACUCCCAAAUGCAAUAGAUAUUUCAAAAAUAUGUUCCACAUUGCACAAACCAAUAAACAAGUCCAUUGUGCACUUUCAAUGGCGUCCUCAACUCAA